AUGGAACGGGUCCGAACCCGUAGACCCGAUUUAUUUUAUACUAGUUGUCGUGUCCGCCGCUUCGUCUCUCUCAGCCAACCAAACGCGCCGCCGCCGCCGCCGGCAAUGUUCCGCCGCCUCCUCCCCCUCCGCUGCCGCUGCUUCUCCACCUCGGCCGCCUCAAACGCCACCCCGACCCUAUAUUCCAGCGGCACCACUCCUUUCUCCCUCCUCUCGUGGGGUCGCGGCGCGUCCGGCCAGCUCGGCGGCGGAAAGGAGGAGCGCCGGCUCUACCCCUCCCUCGUCGCCCACCUCCUGCUCCCCGACUCAGACCCGCGCCUCGCUCCCACCCCCGGACGCCUCCCCGCCGCGGCGGAGACAUCCGGCGUGGAGGUGGGGAUCUCCUGCGGUCUCUUCCACUCCGCGCUCCUCGUCGACGGCGGCGGCUGGGUUUGGGGCAAGGGCGACGGCGGCCGCCUCGGUCUCGGAGACGAGUCAUCCGCCUUCGUCCCCCGCCCCAACCCCAACCUCCGCGACCUUCGGCUCCUCGCGCUCGGCGGCAUCCACUCCGCCGCGCUGACCGCCUCUGGUGACGUCUUCACCUGGGGUUAUGGUGGAUUUGGAGCUCUGGGACACUAUGUUUACCAUAGGGAGCUGUUGCCAAGGCAAGUGAAUGGCCCUUGGGAAGGGAAGAUAACGCACAUUGCUACUAGUGGAGCGCAUACCGCAUCAGUCACAGACUCAGGUGAACUUUACACUUGGGGUCGUGAUGAAGGCGACGGUAGGCUGGGGCUUGGAAGUGGAGGUGGUCCAGGUGAAGCUGGCUCCCUCAGUGUACCGUCCAAGGUGAAUGCACUGCCUGUUCCAGUUGCUGCGGUAGCUUGUGGUGGCUUCUUCACAAUGGCGCUUACCUCAGAUGGGCAAUUAUGGAGUUGGGGAGCAAAUUCAAACUUCGAACUGGGUAGAGGAAGCAAUUCCAGUGAUUGGAGGCCACAGCUUGUCCCUAGCCUGAAAAAUGUCCGUGCAGUCCAAGUAGCAUGUGGUGGAUAUCAUUCUUUAGCUUUGACUGAUGAAGGUGAAGUUCUCUCAUGGGGACAUGGUGGACAUGGUCAACUUGGGCAUCCCACCCUUCAAAAUCAUAGAGUUCCUCUUGCCAUCAAAGCUUUGUCUGAGGAGCGAAUUGUCUAUAUAGCCUGUGGAGGAUCGACUUCUGCUGCUAUAUCAGAGAAAGGUGACCUGUACAUGUGGGGAAAUGCAAGAGACUGUCAGUUAGGUGUCCCUGGUCUGCCAGAAAUUCAGCCACUCCCUGUUAAGGUGAACUUUCUCACUGACGGUGAUGAAGAUUUAGGACCACCUCAUGUCAUCUCCGUUGCGAUAGGAGCCUCCCAUGCCAUGUGCUUGGUCUCCACGCAACGAACUGAGUAAUAAUACCACAUUUGAGUUUUCAGCUUAGUAGAGGUGCUCGUGUUUCAACAUUCUGACAUCUGAGUUCAUUCUGGAGAGGAUCAUGAUGUUCUCUGCUGGUUCGGCCCUACUGGCCCAGUGCCCAGUUGGUGGCAUCUGGAAAGUCCUUCUCGGUGAAGUUCAACAUCAGCAAGAAACAAUAAAAGCCCUGUGUUGAUAAAAGAGGAAAAAGGAACAUGAAUGUUCUUCGGGUAGACUUUGUUCUUGGUUUGCUCUAGCACUGUGACAUGAGGGAUGAAAUCGUGAACGCUCGACAAGCUAGCAUGUAGAACAUGUGCCUUUCUGAUUAAGGAUUUGUAGAGGCUCUCUUGUAGCUAAGACGACCAGAAUUUUGUAGCAUUCUGAAUUUACUGUUACUCGCGCAGGAUGCUUGGUUUCAGUUGUUGUUCAAUAAAACAAGCGAUGUUUCCUUGGUUUCUACUACCUUGGAAAUACUGUAAACAUUCA